AUGCCUGGUUUCGCGCAGGCCUCUGACCUGAAUGCCUGGAAGGAGCUCCAGGAGCACCACCAGACUCUAGGUCGUAACAUUGUCCUGAAGGAAUACUUCCAGAAGGACCCCCAACGCUUCCAAAAGUUCAGCCACACUUUCACCAACACCGUCGAUGGCAAAGACAUUCUUUUCGACUUCUCCAAGAACUUCCUGACUGAGGAGACCCUCCAGCUGUUGGUGAAGCUGGCUAAGGAGGCCAAUGUCGAGGGGCUCCGUGAUGCUAUGUUCCGUGGUGACCAUAUCAACUUUACCGAAGACCGUGCUGUCUACCACGCUGCUCUGCGCAACGUCACGAACGAGCCCAUGCAAGUCGACGGAAAGAGCGUCGUGGAGGAUGUCAACUCCGUUCUAGAGCACAUGAAGGAAUUCUCGGAGCAGGUGCGCAGCGGUGAAUGGAAAGGUUACAGCGGCAAGAAGAUCAAGACCAUCAUCAACAUUGGUAUUGGUGGUUCCGACCUCGGCCCUGUCAUGGUUACCGAGGCUCUUAAGCCUUACGGCCACCCCGAUCUGAAGCUCCACUUCGUUUCCAACAUCGACGGCACUCACAUUGCUGAGGCCCUCAAGGACUCCGACCCGGAGACUACCCUGUUCCUCAUUGCCUCCAAGACCUUCACCACCGCCGAAACCACCACCAACGCCAACUCUGCCAAGGCAUGGUUCCUCGAGGCUGCUAAGGAUGAGUCCCACAUUGCUAAGCACUUCGUGGCUCUCUCCACCAACGAGGCCGAGGUCACCAAGUUCGGCAUUGACAAGCGGAACAUGUUCGGCUUCGCGUCUUGGGUUGGCGGUCGUUACUCCGUCUGGAGUGCCAUCGGCCUCUCUGUCGCUCUGUACAUUGGCUUCGACAACUUCCACCAGUUCCUUGCUGGUGCCCAUGCCAUGGACAAGCACUUCCGAGAGACUCCUCUCGAGAAGAACAUCCCGGUCCUUGGUGGUCUUUUGAGUGUUUGGUACAGCGAUUUCUUCGGUGCCCAAACUCACUUGGUCGCUCCCUUCGACCAGUACCUUCACCGUUUCCCCGCCUACCUGCAGCAGCUGUCCAUGGAGAGCAACGGCAAGGCCAUUACCCGCAGCGGCGACUACGUGAAGUACACUACUGGGCCCAUCCUGUUCGGUGAGCCUGCCACCAACGCCCAGCACAGCUUCUUCCAGCUGCUGCACCAGGGCACCAAGCUCAUCCCCUCGGACUUCCUCAUGGCUGCCGAGUCACACAAUCCCAUCGAGGGUGGCAAGCACCAGCGCAUGCUGGCUUCCAACUUCCUCGCCCAGUCCGAGGCCCUGAUGGUUGGCAAGACCCCCGACGAGGUUCGCGCCGAGGGAGCUCCCGAGAACCUGGUUUCUCACAAGACUUUCUUGGGUAACCGCCCUACCACCUCCAUUCUCGCCCAGAAGAUCACCCCCGCUACUCUGGGUGCUCUGAUCGCCUACUACGAGCACCUCACUUUCACCGAGGGUGCUGUCUGGAACAUCAAUUCCUUUGACCAGUGGGGUGUCGAGCUGGGCAAGGUCUUGGCCAAGAAGAUCCAGAAGGAGCUCGAGACCGAAGGCGCGGGGGGGUGGUCACGACAGCUCCACCAGCGGGCUGCUGCUUGCCUUCAAGGCCAAGGCUAA